UUAGCAAUUCCGACACGCAACAGACACCUGCUAAUAAAUGUUCGUGGAACUGAUAACAGCGUCGGUUAGGUUUCCUUCCGGAACGAUUUCCUGUUACACACGCGCCGGGAUCAGCCGCGAUCAACUGCCUGGUUUCUGCGCGAUUAAUCCUUUAAUCUGGGUGAAAGAUGCCUAAGAAAAAGACUGGCGCUCGUAAGAAGGCUGAGAGCCGAAAGGAGCGAGAGAAACAGAUUCGAGCAAAUAAAGAGGUUGUUGAUGUGGCCAAACACCCAUGCAAUGCAACCAUGGAAUGUGAUAAGUGCCAAAGGCGACAAAAAACCAGGGCAUUCUGCUAUUUCUGCUCUUCAGUGCAGAAACUUCCCAUGUGUGCACAGUGUGGCAAAACAAAAUGCAUGAAGGCUUCAGACUGUGUCGUGAAACACCCUGGGGUUCACAGCACUGGAAUGGGCAUGGUGGGGGCCAUAUGUGACUUCUGUGAGGCCUGGGUUUGCCAUGGAAAGAAGUGCUUGAGUACCCAUGCCUGCUCCUGCCCUCUUUGUGAUGCAGACUGCAUUGAGUGUGACCGCAGCGUUUGGGAACAUGGUGGUCGGAUUUUCCACUGCUCUUUUUGUCACAACUUCCUGUGUGAGGAUGAUCAGUUUGAACACCAGGCGAGCUGUCAGGUUCUGGAAGCAGAGACUUAUAAAUGUUUAUCUUGCAAUCGUCUCGGUCAGCAUUCAUGUCUCCGAUGCAAGGCAUGUUUCUGUGAUGAUCACGCUCGAAGCAAAGUGUUCAAGCAGGAGAAAGGCAAGGCUCCUCCGUGUCCAAAGUGUGGACAUGAAACUCAGGAGACCAAAGAUCUCAGCAUGUCUACCCGAACACACAAAUUUGGCCGGCAGAGUGGUGCCGAUGAAGACGGAUAUGGUGCAUCUGGAUACAGCUCCUACUGGAAAAAUCUGGAAUCUGGUGGGGGAUACAAAGAUGAGGAGGAUGAUGACUUCGAUGAUGAUGAAGAUUAUGAAGAGGAGGAAGAUGAUGACGAGGAUGAUGAGGAGGAGGAAGAUGACCCAGAGGUGGAGGACUCACUCUCAAAUCUGAGUUUGGAAGCAAGUGGAAAGACCCAAUAAAACGCAUACAAUGCAUAAAUGGGAUUCAGAAAUUCAGAUAUAGGUGUCAUCUAAGAAUGUGAGCUUUACCUUGUCAGAUAUUUGGCCUUUUACUUAAGGUUUUCUGCAUUGCAUUGUAUAAAUGUGUGCAUAAAUGUCUGAUGUUGUCACCUUUUUGAAUUUCAAAUAUAUCUGAAGAAAUGUU